UAUUUCAAUAUUUCAACACAACUUUAGUGUCCUUCAUAGUUCAUAAAUCUACCAUGACUAGUAGAGUUUUUGGUAGAGUAAAGCCUGCUUUGGUCUGUGAACAGGAAGUUAGUGCGCGGAGCACGGACUCCCGGGAGAAUCAUGACCGCCGAGCGCUCCAGCUGAGCCGGCAGGGCUGCCUGGGAGCGCCGCGGAGACCGAGUGGAUCACUCAGCCGGCUCUCACAUCCUAAAAGCAGACCAGUGAAUAUGGGACAACAACGCAUGGGAACGGCGACUACAGAUGACCCACCAAAGAUAGUCGACCAGCCCAUUAACAGCUACCCUCCAGAUUCCACAGGAGGAAGCAAGAGUUUGCCAGUUUCUCGUACCCAGGCUGGAAAAAGAGCUGAUAUUGUUUCCCUGAGGAAGCAUCUGGGCCACGCCAGGCGUUUGGCAUCCGCAAUUAAGCGGGGCCAAAGCUACUUCCACCUCCUGCAGAAAGAGGAACGGGAGGAGCAAGAGGUGGAGGAGAGUCAGCAGAUGAGGAAGGAGGAGCAGCUUAGAAGAGAGCCACGACCUCCCAGGUUCUCUUCUGACUCAGACAGCGAAUCAGAGGGGUGGCCUGUGCCUGCAGGAACCAGCUGGUCAAGUGCGAACGAAGCAAGGCUACGCAGGAGGAAGAGCCAGUCAGCACGACCUUUCACCCCUGUCCAUCAUUCUCUGAUCUCUCCUCUGCUUAGUGAAGCACCGAGGAAGGUCAUCUACCGCCAGCUCUGCUGUCUGAAUUGGCUGCUGGAGGCCUUGACUCUGGAUCCCUCCGGCAGAGUCGGCCCCCUCGCGGCCUGCUGGGACCCCAAAGACCCUGGCCGAGGCAGGACCAUGAUAAAGACACUGAAAAAGGAGAGAGCCAUUGAGAACAAAUGGGAGCAAUUCGUCUCAACCAAGCCUCAGAGAGUUCAUCGGAGGCACCCUCGCAGCUCCUCUGCUCGCCUGCACACCCACAGGAAGUCUUCCUUUGCGAGUGUGGCGUCCCUCUCGGCCUUCACCUCCACCACUGUGGGCAGUAGUGUGUCCUCUCUAGUCCCAGGCACUGAGGAGGGCACUGAGUGUCCAGCAGCAGCAGAGGAGACAGAGCAGCCCCCCUCAGAGUGUCUUCGCACACUCUCAGAUGUCCAUCAGAAAGUCAAGAAAAAGAACCAAAGCAGCAGACACACAGAAAGUUUGACAAUACCUGAGUCCAAAACCCAGCCUUUACCCCAGAGAACUGACAACCAAUCCAGCUCCAAGACCACAAUGAGCUGUCCUGCCAAGCCCCCAUUAGCCAUCAGCCAUCUAAUCAACAACAGGGCCACCAUGCUACGGGACGUGAAAGCUGUCUUUGACGAACGGGUUGAGGAGCUGGCUCAAAGCUACAUCGACGCCCUGGAGCUCAAAGCCAGAAAGAGGUUAAACAGCGGUCUCCAGAUGUAUCAAGGCCUGUCUCACAUGACUGAACCGCAUGGCUUUCCUCAUCAUGUGACCUGCAUGUCUCAAGAGACAGAAGCUCCACACAACAAUAAAAAUAACCACAACAACAAUAUGUGGCUGUCCACUCUGCUGAGCAGCCUGCCUGAGAAGGUGUACAGGGAGCGAGCAGUGAGCCGGGUGCUGGAGAAGCUGAGUGGUUUUGCAGAGCAGCAGACGCUCAGGGUUCGACCUCAGCUCUUCCUGAAGGUGCUGGGGGGUCUGGAGCCGUGGGAGCUAUGUCUGCCUGAGAUGUGUGUGGCCAUCCAGAUUGCCACAAAGCAUGUCGUCCAGAUGUCCAGGGAGCAGUAUGAUGCCUGGCUGCGUUCCAGGGUCACUCUGCCCCCACAGUACCCGAUGCCCCUCAAACACCAGGUGAACCACACUCAUCAAGACCUGGAGGAAGGCUACAGGCACAGACAACUAGAUUAGGAGAAGACAGGCACACCAGGGUUGUAAAUUAAAUGUGAGCUCAAGGUUUAAAUAGCCUAAAUUAUCCUCAGAAGUAAUGGGACAAAACAUGAAGAGUAAAAAGGAUAAGUAAGAGUGGUUAUUAUGCAUUUCAGCCCAGUCAAUGUUCACUUGACUAGAAGAGCAGCAGCAGAUAAAAUGCCAACUCCACAAUAAGUAACAAAUAACAUUUGCAUUAUCAAGAGAAUCUACUUUCAGUGGUUACAAAGAGCAACAAAAUGCCAGCAUUCUGUUUUUCUAACACAGUUCCCCGUAAGUGUACAGUGAUAACACAAGAUUACAUGUCAUAAUUUGAUAGAAUCUUUAGUUCUGUAGUGCUAGGUGCCAAAUUUUUGUGUGUGUUUAUUAAUUUUUUUGCUAGUAGUCCAGUACAUUUAUUGCAUUUUGUGGUGUUAUCUCCCUAUUCAUGCUAAUGGUCAAAUUCUUUUUUUAUUUAUUCCAAACAAACUGUGAAAAUUAAUUGUAAAUCCCACCCCAUCCUGUUUGCAGGAACAUUUUUCUUGGAAAUACCUACUUGACUCAAUGUUUGAACUAGCAAAUGUACUGCAACAACAGAAGUAGUAGUAGUAAUCACAAUCACACUCAGUAUUAUCUGUCUGUAGAGAGCAGUAAUUGUGUGUACAUUUACAUGACAAUACACCAGGCUACUGUUUUUAAUACUUCUGUUUUUUUACUAAAGUUACAAGUCACAGUUGACAUCAAGAAGCCAAUAAUAAUAAUAAUAGUAGAUAAACAGUCAUAUACUGACACUCCACUGGGCUAUGGAACCCAGCCAAACAUUCAUAGUGACCUUUAACCCCGCCUCGCCUCCCAAUGGGGUUGUUAGUAAAAGAUGUUGACCCUCAACUCUGCCUGUUGGACACGAUAAGAUGAACCCACGUGUCACUUUGAUCAGCAUUUUGGAGAAACUGAAAGUGAAUAUAACUUUCUGUGAUAUACAUGCACAAUUAAAAUAAGCAGUCCGUUUCUGUAAGUGGGUUGUUUUAACUACUGCUUUUGAAAAAGACUUCUAGAAACUUCUAGUCCUCCAUAUCAAUUUAUGAUAACAUGUACAGUAUUUUUUUCCAUGUACAAUGGGGCAGUGCGCUUCAGUGUGUGUGUGUGUGUGUGUGUGUGUGUGUGGUGGUAGUGGAGCAGCAUACAGUGAAAGGGGAAAGUUUCUUGCCUGGAAGAGGAGGAGUGAGGUUGGGAACGGGUUCAGCAGUGAGCUAGCACUCAUUUCAGGAAUGCCACACUGUCUGGGAGCUAAACCCACCCCCACAGCCCACACCCCUUGCUUAGCCCUGAGCAGGGGAGAUGGUGGGGUGCAGGGCGGCAGAGGAAAACAUGAGAGGGAACAAGAAUUCUUUCAUUUGAACUUCUCACUCAGGUUUUAGAACUCAUGCCUCUGGGUACAGUGUCUAGACCAAAUAAAGCGAAUUUUUUUUUUAAUACCGAACGAAAGUGCUAAUAGUAAAUAUAGCUGCAAGUCAGUGUAUUUAAACUGGUAUAAUUAUGCACAUAAGUGAAAUAUAAAAUAGGGUUUGAAGCUGAAGAAGGUCCUGAGUUGCAGAGAGCAUGAGCUAGCUGGUUAAAAUUAAAAGGUUUCUGUUCCAGAAGACAGAUGUUUAAUGAGCUGUGUCUGUAUUACAAAAGGGGCUAUGAUUACAAGUUAGUAUCAAAAACUUUAAUGCUGCAUAUCAUUGUGUCACCAUUUAGUUAUCUGAAAGAUUUUAGCCUCAAAAUUGAUACAAUACAGUUGUUUUUUUCACACAUUAAAGGGGAACCAAUUUUACAUCUGAAGAUCAGUUCACUCGUCUUGGUCUGAGGAAGAUUACCCUGAGUGUGUCGUAAUGAUGUGAUCAGGAUUAUCUUAGUUUUGGCUUUAUCUUUUAAAGAAAGUCUGUGUCACAAACUGGGGAUCUUUGCAUUCUUGGGGUGCCAAUGUUGGGGUCCAAUGAAAGAUGCUAUCAGGUUGCAUUAUGGCCAAUGUAGGACCCAGGGUGAGACUCAUAAUCAGGGCUAAAAGUCCGGAUAUAGCCUCUGCUGCUUUGAUUAUGAUCAUUUUGUCUGAGUUUCCCUUUCAGUAUGAAGAAUUGACUCUGCUGUUUCUGCUUUUGCCUCUUUGCCAUCCAGUAUACGCAGAUUUCAUGCUGUAUGGGCCAAACAUGUGAAUGAUGCAAGACGUAAGAAAAAAAAAUGGGUGGACAUUGAGUCAACCGUGUGGGAGGAUUUUUUUUUAAAAACAGCUGCUAUUGCAAGGCUGGUCUGCUGGUGGCACAAUAGCGUGUGACCAUGGUGUAGUCCAUCCCAGAUAUACUGUCUGUAGUUUAGUUUGCAGUGGAGUCAAGACCUACCAACGUAGACCAACCUAUUCACUCAGUGUGACUGUAAUGGGAUUUAGAGUAUUUAAAGUGCACAUGGUUUUAAAGAAGAAAGAGAAGAGCCCAGGAAAAACUGUCAAGUCUUCAGUUCUUGGAUCUUAAACUUCUUUUACUAAUCUAAAAGCAGAGCACAGUACAACAGUACUAGUGAAAAACACAAUGAAGGGAUGAAUUUAGAAGCUCAAGCAACAGAAAAUAAUGUACAUUAAAGAGUAACUAAAACUUGGUCGAAGAAGAAGAUAAAACAACAAGAUUAGAAAUUACAAUUUGGAGAGGAUUUAAGGGAUCUAUGUAUCAUUUUUGUGACAGUUUUGUGACAGUUACAGUUUGUAACAGUGGAACAAGCUUAAACUCAUCAACAUUACAAGCAGUCAGAAGGAAGAACAUCUGCUAAAACCUUUUCUGUUAAAAUGUACCAGAAAACAUGUUUAAUUAAACAUGACAGAACACUCUGUUUUCUGCUUCAGGAUUAAGAUGAGGAUGAAGUUGUGUAGGUGUCCUGAUCUUAAAACCUUGUGUUCUUUCCGCUACAUCAUAUCAUAAGAACAACGACCGAGGCGCCUACAGGAAAAUUCAAUAUUUACUCUCCAAUUUACCAGCAGCAGGCUCUCCGUGCUUGUGUAGUUAUCAAAGUGAAUUUGGCUGCAUGGAAAGGAACAGAGGAGAAGUGUUUGCUCAGUGGUGAAAAGUUGUGCAACCAAAAGCUGGAUGUCCAACUUAUUACAUAAAAAGCUGAGUUAUAGUGAAAUUAGGGGUUGUGAAAUUUGGGCCUUAUGGUACUCUUUCUAUCUGAUAAUUUGUUCUUUGUAAUCCUUGUUGUUACUUAUUGGCAAUGUUUGUAAAAAGGAUAUUAACCUUGUAUUUUAGUUUCACCCAUUGUGAUCUGAUAGCAGACUUCCUGAAAUAUCAAAUGUAAAAGCUGCAAGGGCUAUAAUGACAUGCUUUUAUCAGUUCCUUUAUUGUGUCUUCCUGCUCCUGCAUGUUGCCUUGGUUAGCCCUUUGUCCUACUGAUAAAUUCCCUGCAGCUGGCUCUUUGCACAUGUAGACACUUUCUUAUCACUGCUCAAACAGUUGGGGGUGUUCUCGAAGUCACGCACACACUUGAAUUUUCUACCCAAAUAUUGUGUCCAGAGGUCCAGAGAUCAGGACAAAAACUAGUGAUUCAUUGGAUUUUCUUGUCACUGUGACAAAUGUCAUUAAGCCCAAGUUCAAAGUAACUUGUCACUCUGUCACACAAGCUGGGCUAAAGGCUGUCUUCGAUACUGACCAAAAUAGCCAUGUAGCAUUAGCUUAAAGUACACACACGACACGUUUACAGCUAGGGGCCACUGAGGGAAACCACCUUUUGGGGGUACAGUAGGGAAAAUUUGCUGUUCUACUGCUACAUGGAAUUAUAUAACAUCUGACUAUGACUGUACAGUAUGUCAAAUAGGUCCACAUUAUCCUUCUUGGAAUAUGAAGUGAAUUUUGUAGUUUCCUGUAUUUUGCAUCAGUUUCAUUUUUGUGGCAGAAAUAAAUGGGUUUAUUGAUUGAUUACAUGAUUGUCUAUGGACUGAGAUCAUUCUGUGACCAAAUCUCCAAACAUGUUCUUAGAUUUUUAGCCACGCUGUAGCUCCAUGGCAGUGUUAACAUCUACCGGAUAAAUUACGUAAAUUUUAAUAGACGUUCAUGGUUCCUAGACAGUGAAUCCUUAUGACUUUCUAGAGCCCAUGACUUAUCGUUUGGCGCCAACAUCAGGUCAAAUUUUGUCAAUUUUUUUCGAUACCAAAAUACCUUCAAAACCAAUUACAUUACAAUCAGCUUCAGCUGUACUCUGGUGUUACUCAUCUGCUUGUUAGCACUGUCAUUGUGAGCAUGUUAGCAUGGCAACGUUAGAAAAGAAAUCGUCCUGUUGAGCCUACAUCCUAUUUUGUAUUUAAUUGUUCUCCAACUGUCUUCAUCCUUCUGAAACCAUGACACCCAAAAUGUUGAGGAUGACUAAUUUUCACUCCCGCCACCUAAAAAGAGGAAAACAAUAAAGUUGACUCCUCUUCAAGUCAAUAUUCCAUAACAAAAUUAGCUAGCUUGCUUGCUCACUGAGGUGACACAGUUAAAUGAAACAUGACACACACAAGACAACUUCCCCUCCAUGGCAAUGUUAGGGCAGACCCAUAAGUGGUGAUAAUAGUAAUAGAAGUGAUUUUCUGGUCCAGUCAGAAAGACUGAGGGGAAAUUACACAAAAUGUAAGUUAUUUCGAAAACCUAAAAGAUUAGUUUUGAGAAAACAUUCAGGGCUGGAGCCCAAAAAGCCAACCCCACUCUCUGCCCAUGAGCUUAAAACUCCACUGUGUCUAAGUACAGCAUCACAGAGCUGCUAGCAUGGUUGUAGACUUUGUCUUGUUUAAAAAUAUAUAUUAUUAUUGAACACAAAAGGCUUUUUCUCUUUUAAGUUUGCAAAAAGCUGACAGUAGCACUAUUGAUCUAUGACUCUUACACCUGGUCACUGCGGGAGUGUUCAGUAUUACAACAGACACAGUACAAGCUGUGACAGCUAAGAGAUGUUUAUUGUCUAAGAUAGCAUAGGUGGUCCCGAUGAAAACACAUGGAAGAUGAAAUUGAAACAAGGAAUUACCGUACUUUGCUUGCCUAUGUGUGUGCAUGCCUGUGUGUCCUGUGCUCUGUGAUCAUGUUUAAGUAGACUUGGUAAUUGAUGGCUGACACAGGCUGACGCAUGAGUCUUUAACCUCAGGGGCCUGGUUUGAGAAAGCAGUUAAAGGCUGUCCAAAAAGUUCUGGUUUGUGGUGUAACUGCAACUCUGUUCUAAAAGUUGUUGAAGAGAAACUAUCAUAGAAAGUUAGGACCUGAGAAUUUGAAUUAGAUUUGGGAUGGAGUAAAAUGCAAAUCUGUGUCAAGGUUAUGAGAGCUGAAGCCAUUUAGAUGAUAUCAAAAGAUAUUCAUGAUGUGCAGUUUAAAUCCCCUUGAUCCGCUCAGAAUCUUUGUUACGUGGGUUUGCUGCCUUUGAGAGAGCUUCAAAGGCAGAAUCUGCCACGCUGUGUAGGAGGAAUCCAAGUGAUUAAUGUUUUCCUCCAGCAGACAGGCUGCCUCUUGCAGACCUGCCACGAGUACGGGAAGUGAAACCAUGGCAAUGGAGCCUUGUGUAAUGUCUAACGUUUCGCCCGCCGCUUGUAUUAUAUUGUGCCUAUUAAAUAUCCCUCCAGGAAGCCUCAACUAGCCUGCUGUCAUUCAUCAUACAAAAUGUCCUCAUUUCUUUCUCA